GCCUCGACGGGCGUGCAGUCAGAGGAAAAGGAGCGCAGAAAGCCAGAUGCAAGAAAGAAAAAAUCCAGUCAGCGGUUCGCAAGACUUUCAGAUCAGUAUUCCCUCCGCCUUAGAUGUGUUGGCUUGGAUUGGGAUUAUUCUGAGGCAGUUUGGGAACUAUUUAUGGGACUAACUGUCUGGAAGGGGGCUGGAGAAGCGGAGCUUCUGCGCUCAUAAUGCGGACACAUCAAGUCUUAGUAGUUUGUCGGAAUGAGCGCAGCGCACACGGACCCUGAGAAACAGCUUUCAUGGAUUGACAGUUUGUCUGUUUGAGUGAAUUUAUUUAUUUUCUUCUGUUUUCCCUCUCAAACACCAGGAGAUGUUCCAGUGCUGUGGUUAGUGCGGUAGUCCAAAGGAUUGUCGAUUUUUCCCAUUUUAUUGGGCGUCGAGGAUUGUUGGUUUUGAUUCUUUCUGUUAAGGAACACGGCUUUCUUUGGGGGUAAAUGAGGAUAUUGAUUUUAUCCAGUUAGACCACGACUUGGCCAAGAAUCCGGAGAGGAAUUGUAUCCCUUGGAAGAGGUGGAGAUAUUAGUCUAAUUGGACCCAGAAUAAUCUUCCUUCAGCUGAGUCCAACAUGAAGUCUGACACAGUGUGGAUGUGCGUUUUUCUCCUGCUCUUAGAUGAAACAAGUUCCUGGGAUGGUCCGUCAGCUUUGUUUGUGCCCCUGGCCCGUGGGACUCCCGGAUCUUCAUACACCAGGUCGAGACGUGAGGACCAGCCAGAGAGGGUGGACUGCAUCCAGGCGACUGACAUGUGCAACCAGAACCCUUUCUGCAGCUCUCAGUACCGGGUGAUGCGCCAGUGCCUUGUGGGCAAGGAGAAAGAAGCCAUGCUGGAUAACAAUAGGGACUGCCAGGCUGCCUUGGAGGUGCUGCUGGUGAGCCCUCUGUACAACUGCCGCUGCAAGAGGGGCAUGAAGAACGAGAUGCAGUGCCUACAGAACUACUGGGCCAUCCACAUGGGACUCAACGAAGGUGGAGACAUGGAGGACUCAUCUCCAUAUGAACCUGUAGCUCCCAACAGGCAGCCAGACGUUUCCCGCUUGGCCUCCAUCUCUUCAGGGAUGCUCACACUGGCCCCGAAAGGCUUCAGCUGUCCUGAUGGUGAGAAUAACUGCAACCCGUGUCUCGAUGCAACCAAAGCUUGCAACCUCAACAGCCUCUGCAAGAAGCAACGGUCCAACUUCAUCAUCACUUGCAGCAAGGAGGACCAUAACAAAGGAGAGACCUGCAACAAGAAGCGCUGCCACAAGGCACUGAGGGCAUUCCUGGACCGCGUUUCCCCGGAGCUCAGUCACCGGCUCCUCUUCUGCCCCUGCCAAUCCGAGGGUUGUGCUGAGAGACGCAGGCAAACAAUAGUACCUGAUUGCUCUUAUAAAGACAAAGAGGAGCCCAACUGUUUGGAGCUGCGGAGGAUCUGUCGCCAGGAUGCUCUCUGCAGGUCUAGACUGGCUGAUUACAUCACGAACUGCUGGACGACUUCCCACUCCGGGAGCACCUGUCCCAACCAAGACAAUCACCAAGCCUGUUUGGCCUCUUACGCAAGGCUCAUCGGGACAGAAAUGACCCCCAACUUUGUUGACAACAAUUUCUCCAACUGGACCAUCUCUCCCUGGUGUACCUGCAAGGGCAGCGGAAACCUCGAGGAGGAAUGCAUGAACUUCCUGCGGCACUUCACUGAAAACACAUGCCUAAGAAAUGCUAUUCAGACUUUUGGUUAUGGGAUGGACACCAUGCCAAUCAAAAACGUGACUAUCCAAAGCCCGUCAGAAAUGUCGCCUUUUUGGCCGACGGACAUCCCAGAUUCCACCGUCUCUUCCUUGAAGUAUCCUGGACCAGGUAACGGUGGCCUGGGCCUGAGAGAGGAUCGCUGCCUCUGUCUGUGUGCCAACAUCUUGGCUCUGCUUCCCAGCCUGGCUUUGGCUCCGAUCCUGGCUCAGCACGUCUUGUAGAAGCGCCAGGAGGAGGGGGAAAAAGAGGUCAUGCAUCCACGAGCUGAUCCCAAAAGCAGAAGGUGUCAUUUCUGAGACUCGCAUUAAGAAAACUGAAUCACUGUCGACAGUUGGCGUAAAUGGCCUUUGUGAAAUCAGGAAAACAAAAUGACAAGAGGCGUUGGGGAUUUUUUUGAAAUUUCACAACUGUGAGUUUGUUCUUCAUUUGACCCAUUGUCCAGGCUGUCUGCUACUAUGAUGGAGCACAAGGCUUUACAAAGAACCUUGGGUUGAAAAAGAAAAAGCCAGAAGGGCCAUUCUCUGACCAACUCUGCCUGACUGGGGCACAAAAACCUGGAGGACUGAAGCUGCUACAAAGACUUCUACCCUUAUCUCCCUGAAAGAGGAAGAUAAUUCAUGUGCAACAUUAUUAAAAGAUAACAGGAUAAACAAAAUAGGAAUUGUUGCAAAGAAAAUGGGAAGAAAAUGUGGUAAAUAUUGCAGAAAUUGAGCACAAAAUGAAAGACUUGUUCAAAUUGGGUUUGAUCUUCUGUUGAAUGAACAGAAGACAAAUUGAAGAGUGUGGAUGGAGGAUAAUUGCAUUCUGUUUUUUCAGCACUAGUGUAAAGUCUCAAGACUGUAAAGCCUACUCUGUGUUCUAAGUGUUGGUUUAGUAUCUGUGACCAUAAUCAGUCUCGAGUACAGAUCUUUCAUUUGGUUACUACAGCAAACUUUAAGCAAACGGCCAAAAGAACUAAAGCUGGAGAUGUGCAAUGGCUCUGCGGUCAUUUAAGAUGUUGACUGUGGGUGUUCACCAUAUGUCCACCUGCACAUGUGUAUAAUCUAGUCUCUGUGUAUAUAAACAGCACUUUUCUUUCAUGUAACUUAAGGAUAACUAGUACCUUGACAGGUCAUUAUUGUAUGCUAAGGUUGCUCAGUAUUGGUACCAAUGGAAGGCCUUCAUUAUCUGCAUUUAUAUUUGUCUAUUAAAGUUUAAUCACAAAUGUACAAAGCGAUGAGAUUAAAAGAGCUCAGUCUUUAAAGCCAUAA